AUGGGUAGCGCAAGAGCCCUUGCCGCCUGUAGGAAGCCGUACAGGACAAGGCUCGUGCUCCUCCUCCUCCUCCUCCUCUCCAAUGUUGCUGUCAUGUGGGUCUUUCACAGCCAGGAGCACGCGAUAAUGGCUGUUUUGGCUUUCGCAAAGUCAAUAGGAGGAAGGAAGACUCUCUUCGAUCCUGACUUCGACCCUAAGACGUCCAACCCAAGCGCUUGCAGCAUAGGUGGCGAUUCAUCUGCUACCGGAAGCCGUUAA